AUGCGCUACAGCAACGCGGUGCUGGUGCGAGCCAAAGCGGCACUGCUGAAGUUCGCCCCCAUCGCCGUCUUCAUCGGCAUCAUCCUCUACUUCCUCACCUCUUUCUACCCCUCCACGCGCACCUUCUCGUGUCCCACCAGCGCGGCCUCCACGCCCGUCAACCCCAUCCCCAACCGCGUGCACUUCGUGCAUAUCAUGCCCGACGGCCCCGACUCCGACAUCAAGUUCAAGUUCAAGCACUUCGUUGCCAUCUACUCCGCCUCUUUCUACUUCGGUCCCGACCUCAUCUACAUCCACACCGACGCCUCGUAUGCGUCCAUCGAGCGCGCGCAGAGCGGACCCAUCGACAAAGCUCCUAGCAAGUGGGCGCAUAAGAUCCUCAAUCUUCCUGCCGUCGUCGUGCGUCGCGUCAAUGCCCCUGACGUUGCAACAGGGACGGGCAUCCCCAUAACACUGCUCGAGCAUAAAUCCGACUUCGUCCGCGCGCAGGCCGUCUACGAGCAUGGCGGCAUCUAUCUUGACUGGGACGCGCACGCGCUGCGCGAUGUGAAGCCGUUGAGGGAGUCGGGCUUUGCGAAUGUCGUCGGGAGGCAGAAGGGGGGGCAGGUGAACAGUGGGGUGUGGAUGUCGCGGCCGAGGACGUUGUUGAUGAAGCUCUGGGUCGAGCAGCAGCAUCAGGUGUAUUCGGGUGCCUGGACGGCCCAUAGCAAUGAUCUGCUGACGUCGCUGUCGGAGAAGCAUGGGGAUAGCAGCUUGCUCACGAUGAUUGCUGAGCGCCUGAUGCCGGAGAACAAAGAGGUGCUCAUCCUGGAAAGAGUAGCGUUCGCGCCGAUGAGUUGGAAACUGAGUGAUGCCUCUAAGCUAUUCAUGCCACAUUUGGACGAUAACAUCGGGCAGAUGGAACGCGAUGUGGAGAAGCCGGACUGGGAGAUUGAUUACUCGACGUCGUAUAUCCUUCAUGCCUUCAAGCCGGAUAAAAGCGAGCAUAUCGAAAACUUUGAUUGUGACAACGGUAUUACGGUCAAGUAUGUGUUGGCGCGGCAGAGCAACUUUGCUCUUGCCGUCUACCCUGCUGUCAAGCAUGCGAUUGAUGCUGGUGUCAUCUCCGCCGACGAUUAG